GCUAUUCAACACAACGUGAAGCUUGUAGGCGGUUCGCGGGACAACCAGGUUGUUUCGCAAAUUUUAAAAUUCCACUAUUGCGAAGGACUCAUGAAUAUUAAUUAGAUGCCAGUCGUCACGUAACUGGAAUCUAAGCAAUUUAUACAAACAACGUCACCAGAAUAGAAUUAAUACUCAUGAGCUAGGCCUCGGCCAUAGUAGGAUUCGUAACUUCACUUGCCGUUCGUUCUGGCUUGAAGAAGCGCUCGAUUCCACGAUAUAAGACCGGAAGUUUUAAACUAAACGCUCAGAGGUACGCUAUCAGUAGGAUGGGACGCGAGCUUCCUUCAGUUUAUCCGGAGAAAGUGACACAAUGAUUUAACUACUAUGAGAUACAUAAUUUUCUUGAUCUUGUUGUUACUAAACGCCAUACGUGCUGCUAAAUGUCACUCGGAUCUGGCCUGGACUCGAGGAUCCAUCAAGAACCGAUCAAGUCGGGAUGUUUCCUGCAAAGAGGGCUUGGAAUACGAACACAGUAACAUCUGCUGCCUGAACUGCCCUGCUGGCACAUAUGUGAAAAAGGCCUGUCUUACCGCUUUAGAGAAAGGAGUUUGCGAACCGUGCGAGUUUGACAAAUACACUGAGCAUGACAAUGGACUGCGGAAGUGUUUAUCGUGCACCAAGUGCCGUAUAGAUCAGGAAACCACGGAGAAAUGCACAAGUACCCAGGACACACAGUGCAAGUGCAAAGAGGGCUCGUUUUGUUUACCUGACCAGGCGUGUGAGGUGUGCAAGAAAUGCAAAAGAUGCACAAAGGAUGAAGAUACUGUAAAAAGCUGUACAAGCGUUUCCAACACCGUUUGUACGAAGAGAAGCUCUUCGAACGGCUCUAACUCAGUGACUUUCAUUGUUGUUGUGUCAUUCUUUGCAAUGCUGGCAUUCGUUGUGGGUAUCGUCUACUGGACAAAGUCAAAACCAUGUAAAAAAGCAGUAACAUCGAGAAGUCCAAGGGAAAUGGUUAAAAUCUGUAUGGGUGACAGUGAGAAGGUGAAAGAGGAGAGGCAGAAUGCCCACAACUCCAAGAUGGAUGACUCCUCUCCGCUCCAGCCGUUCCUUGAGCAAAACUAUGCGGUGGGUACCGACAUCCCUGCUUCAGCGGAGACGGAGAAAGACAGGGGACUAGGAGACAGCCUCCCCAACACCGCCAACUCCUCACAAACUAGCCUGGCUGUGUCUGCUGCGCUUAGCGAUCUCCAGCUCCAUCACACUAACCAGCCUCCAAGCUCCGCCGCUUUGGAAAGAGAGUCAAUAAGAAGACUUGUUCCUUUAAACGGAGAAGAAUCACUGAAGAAAAGCUUUGGUUUUUUUGAAGAAAUGGAUGUCCACUAUCACAACAGAUUUUUCCGGUUCAUUGGACUGAGUGAUAAUUCAAUCAAAAGUGCAGAGUCUCUCUUUCCGGAAGACAGAGUUUACGAACUGUUAAAAAUCUGGAUGGAAAAGGAGGGACUGAAGGCAGAUUUCAACAGUCUUAUUGAAGCAUUAAUCUAUUUAGACCAGAAGCUGUCAGCAGAAAAUAUCAUUUCAAAGGCAAUUUCUAAUCGUUACUUUAAAUAUGAGGAUGAGUGACUGGAAGCACGCACAUAUUGUCACCACCUUAGUGUCAAAGAUAUUUUUUUGAGCUUGACUUACCUUAUGCAGUAUUAUUUCCCAAUUCUAAAAUGCAAAGUUCACUGACAAAAUAUUUAUGUUGGCCGUAAAAGUUUUUUAGAUAAGAUGCCGCUGUUUACAAAUGUACAUUAAGUGGGGAAAAAAAAGAUUUAAAAUUUAAGACUCCUAAUAUUAAAUGUGUGGUCUUACAUGUUGAAAUGCAUUAUUUCUCAUUUUGUAUACAAAAUUGAAAUGUAUUUAAUGAUCUUGAAAAGUUGUUUACAUAUGAUUAUAUUGUAAACUAAUAAAAGCAAUUUGUCUGUA